AUGACGUCAAGCAAGUCCCAAACGCCCGUGGCGGUGGACUCAUCGCAUCCGGGCCACGCUCUCACCAUUGGCAAUGAAGAGGAAAAAUCUGCAUUGCUCAAAUUGACUCCAGUGCUACUUCCCAACGACACCACUGUUGAGUCUCUUCAACAUAACUACCCCAAGGAUAAACGAUGGAAAACGUUUCGCUCCGAUUACCGCUAUAUUUACGUCGUGAACUGGAUGUAUCAAUGCCGGGGCUACCUCAAGUUAGCAUCUGAUCACUUUGAUGUAGAUCUUUUCGAGAUUGAACUUUUCGAUUUGGUUCAUCCGCCUCCUGUGGAUGACAUGGCUCUUAUGGUGAACAAAAUGAAAAUAGGCUUACUAAGCAAAAUCCAUGGCAAGAAAAUAGCAUCUUUGGGCUCAUUUGAGUCUUUGUUCCGCAUUUACUUUGGCAGUGACACUCCAUUGGGUGGACCAAACGAGGAAGGAGACCAAUACGAUGAUGAGAAACACGAUCCGACAGUGUAUCCUAGAUUUGAUGAUCUUUUUAUUGAUGAGAAGAUAACUAUAUUGUAUAUGAUGAUGAUCGAAGUGACACAAUACCCUGAUUUUAGAGAUUUCAUUGACAAAAAUAAAUUACCACCCGACGCCUUGAGACCAUUGUGCAUCAACUUUUCUCACGCCAAGAACCAAGAUACCAGUGAAGAUUAUGUUCUUUUGUUUGACGAUACAGCGUUGUACAAACGCGUGGUAACGUGUCCAGAAUUGAGUGUACCUAAAAAGAGAAAGCUCGCUCCUAAGUACCCUGAUGAGGAGUAUGAAGAAGAAUUGUUUGACGUUUCUUCGGUCAAGUUCGAAUUGAUAUACAAGGACAUUUACGGACUUAAUGAUUUCAUCAAAACUUUAACGCCAAAAAAGGCGAAGAGAAAUAAAAUAUUUCUCGAUAUUUUGACAAAGCCAGACUUUGUUUCCAAUAUAUACUCUUAUGAGAUCAGAAAACGCAAAAUCCUUGCUCACAGGCGGAGAGAAUUUGAAAUGGCACGCUUAUUAGCAACAAGAAAACGUUCUUCUCGUAUUGAGGCCAAGGAAAAGCAAAGACAGCAAGAAGAGCAAGAACGAAAACUUCGUGAACUUGAGGAAUUACAACAUGCAACUAGCCGGAGGUCACGUCGUAGUCGAAAUCAACUUGAGCAAAAGUUCAAGAUGGAUUAUACCGAUGGCCUCUCGAGAGAAGAGAGAUUAAAAAUGCGCCUUGGCCUCCGUGAAAAUACUGAGAGCCCCGAAGCUCCAAAUGACACAAUUAUAUCAGUGGAGUCAAGCCCUGGGGCAGUAGAAGUGCCAACAUCUGAAACUUCUCCAUUGAAGGAGGAGCUGGAGGCUCAAGAAGUGGUACCUGACUCAAAGUUGCCAACAUCUUCUCCCUUGAAGGAAGAAUUGGCGGAUCAAGAUGACGCAACCUCAUUUAGAACUGAAAGACUCAAUAGACCGGAUCUCAUUUCCAACAAUGCGCCUUCAGGUGAAGUUUCUGAAUCACACAUUAACAUUCCUGAUGUCAAUUCGAGUGCGCCUUCGCUGAAUGGCGCAGAAACUUCAUGA